GUCAAGAUGGCUGCCUUCGAGGAAAUGGGCGUUAUGCCCGAGAUCUCCAAGGCUGUGGAGGAGAUGGACUGGCUGCUCCCAACAGAUAUCCAGGCAGAGUCCAUUCCUCUCAUCUUAGGAGGGGGUGACAUUCUGAUGGCAGCAGAGACUGGCAGUGGCAAAACUGGAGCUUUCUCCAUACCAAUCAUCCAGAUUGUACAGGAGACUUUGAAGGAUGAACAAAAUCCAAAGAUCAGGAAAGCUGGAGUUUCUGCUACUAUCAGUAAAUGGCAGAUCAACCCGUAUGACCGGGGUCCCUCCCUGGCGGUCAGCCCGGAUGGACUGUUGGUCCAGUGUCGUGAACAGAAGGAGUGGCAUGGAGGGCGGUCAACCAAGGGUGUGGUCAACAAAGGAAAGUACUACUAUGAAGCUACAGUAACUGAUGAAGGCUUGUGCAGAGUGGGAUUUUCUACUUCCAAGGCAAGCCUGGACCUAGGCACGGACAAAAACGGUUUUGGCUUUGGUGGAACUGGGAAGAAGUCGUUUGGUCGACAGUUUGACACCUAUGGAGAGCCUUUUGGUAAGAAUGACACCAUUGGCUGUCACUUGGACCUGGACAACGCAACUAUCAGCUUCUCCAAGAAUGGAAACGAUCUUGGCCCUGCAUUUGAGAUCCCUGGCCACCUGAGGAAGCAGCCCAUAUUUGCAGCUGUGGUGCUUAAGAAUGGAGAAAUGCAGUUCAACUUUGGAGACACUGCCUUCAACCACCCUCCCCAAGGCAACUAUGUAGCCCUGGCCAGAGCACCCCAAGAUUGUGUGGUCAAGUCAGCUAACACAGGUGGUGUUGCAUCAUCUCACAGUAAACCACAGCCCAAUGCUCCAAAGGCCCUGAUCAUUGAGCCCUCCAGAGAGCUUGCAGAACAGACACUGAACAAUGUCAAGAUGUUUAAAAAACACAUCAACGAUCCAUAUAUAAGAGAACUUCUCAUUAUCGGAGGUGUACCUGUAAAAGACCAACUACAAACCUUGGACAAUGGUGUGGACAUUGUGGUGGGGACACCUGGUCGGCUAGAGGAACUCAUCUCCACCGGCAAGCUGCUCCUCUCACAAGUGCGAUUCUUUGUACUGGAUGAAUGUGAUGGCCUCCUCUCUGCAGGUUAUGGCCAGUUUAUCCAGCGCUUGCAUGACUCCAUGACUAAGGUGUUCGCAGAUGGAAAAAGGCUCCAGAUGAUUGUGUGCUCUGCAACCCUGCAUUCCUUUGAUGUGAAAAAGAUGGCUGAAAAGCUGAUGUAUUUCCCAGUGUGGGUGGACCUGAAGGGGGAGGAUAGUGUACCUGAAACUGUGCAUGCUGUGGUGACGAAAGUUGACCCAGUGAGGGACACUUACUGGCAGCACUGUGGGAGGAACCAUGUGGAGACAGACGGCAUCCACCAUAAAGACAACGUGCAUCCCGGGAACAACACUCCUGAGACCUGUCAGAGGCAGUGAACGAUCCUGAAGGGAGAGUACACUGUCAGGGUCAUCAAGGAACACAAGAUGGACAUGGGCAUCAUCUUCUGUCGUACCAAACUGGACUGUGACAACAUGGAGAGAUACUUUAUCAGGAUGGGAGGAGGACCCAAUAGUGCAGGCCACCAGUUCUCUUGUGUUUGCCUCCAUGGAGACAGAAAGCCUCCCGAAAGGAAGAAAAAUCUUCAACUGUUCAAGGAUCGUAGAGUGCGUUUCCUGAUCUGUACUGAUGUGGCAGCUCGAGGUCUGGACGUCAAAGGGAUUCCAUAUGUUAUCAAUGUCACUCUACCCCCUUCUGAUGAAAAGCAGAACUAUGUGCACAGAAUUGGCCGUGUUGGCAGAGCUGAUAGAAUGGGUCUUGCCAUCAGUUUUGUGUCCACUGUUAAGGAAAAGGUGUGGUACCACGGCUGUCCUAGCAGGGGGAGGGGCUGUUACAACACCAGACUGACGUCCCAGGGAGGUUGUGCCAUCUGGUUUGACGAGCCCCAGUACCUGGCAGACAUUGAGGAACACCUGGGAGUGAUAAUCCAGCAGGUGGAGCCAGACAUGAAGGUUCCUGUGGAUGAGUUUGAUGGGAAGGUGGUGUACGGUCAGAAGAGGAAGGCUGGGGGUGGGUUGUACAAGGGGCAUGCCGCCCAGCUGGCCCCCACAGUGAGUGAGCUGGCAGAGCUGGAGAGGAUGGCACAGACAUCCUACCUGAACCUGAGGGAAAACCAGCAGACUCUGUUCAAACUGUGAACCACGUGACUACUAGCACAUCGACAGAACGUACUGCACCUGCGCAAAACCCAUAAUGUAAUGUAUUGUGCACAGCACUUAGGCAGAACGUCUCAUAUAAGGUCAUAUUCGCUCAUAUAUUAAAAGGUUCACACUCGGUCUGCAGUUUCCAAAUGAUGUGUCCAAAAAAUAUUGUCUGCAACAGAUGAAAUUCUGAUGCAACGUUGACCAAAAAUCCGAAAAAACGAAAA